AUGACUUGGACCUCGUUUUGGUGCGGGAUUACCACGUGGUCGGAAGAUCUGAGUUGGAACGAGAUACACAAUUUGCAUGAUCCAAAUGUGAACCAAUCCCGCCGAUAUGUGAAAUUAAAUGUGACUGAUGCGACGGAAUCGUAUAAUCAAGUGUGGUGUUUUCAUAUGGAUUUGGUUCUUGUCGCUCUGUUAGCAACCCUUUCCUUAGUGGCAAAUAUGGGCUUGCUUUAUUUGGCCCGAUUAACCAAACCACUAGUUCAGAUCACACAUUCCAGCUUCUCAAUGACCGGACCACUAUCACCAUUCACUAUCCCCCCUACGCAAACCAACAAUAACAACAACAACAACAACAGUACUGGCAUUCAAACAGCAAGUCCUACAAGGAAAAGUAGCUUCUCAGCUCGACGACUGUUGUGCUGUCAGCCUGUACCCAAACUAUCUCUCACGGAUCAAUUCUAUAACAGUCUGAUGCAAAAUUCGGCUAGUACAGCCGGUCUACUGCGCAAGUGCUCAUCCUCGGUGAGUAUUUCCCGAAUGGCGAACAGUUCAAUCACCAACCCAGUUGGAAUUCCGUCCACAAAUGGACGAGCUCCACGAACCCGAAGGCAUCGUCGAUAUUUGAAAGGGUUGUUGGGGCUUUCAGUGAGCAAUCUGACAGUGGCAUUCAGUCUGUUUUUAUGGUGUGUCUGUCAUAUUACCGAGGACCGCAUACUACUACCAUGGCUUGCCUUACUCACCGUAGGCAAUCACGCGUUGGCUGACAUCGCCCAGUCCUUGGAAAUCGGUGCAGUUCUGUGGAUCGCAUUGGAACGAACAUUGGGCAUUCAUUGGCCUCGUGAAAGACGACCAUCCAGUCCGAAUGUGAACAAAACGAAGCCGGACAUGUCGGUGCGCAAACAAAUCUGUCAGGCUCUGUGUCCACGAUGGUUGGCCCGGUUGAAGCAUUCGAGGUUCGUGGUGAACAUGCGCACAUUUGAUCCACCCCGGUGUGUUCUGGCCAAAUGCCUUCCAUGUGCCAAUGAUUGUGGUCUCGGGUCCAAUUUGGCACUCAAAGCACGAUUACAUCGAAAAUUGCGUUGUGUCACACGUAGCCUGCUCAGUCUGUUCCCUCUGAUUCUAUUCAUCCUGGCUGCGGUGCACAGUACACAGGCUCUGAUCAGACCGUUGCUCAACAACCGGAAACGGACCAAUUUCAGCUCUGUGUUCUUUCUCACCGAACGAAUGCUAAUGGAAUUACAAACUAACCCGUCUGACGAACGAUUUCCGACGGAAUGGCGGCAAAAUAUGACCAUCAGCACCAGCACUACGAACAACAAUAAGACUACACGGUUUUUCACCAUCACCUACUAUACGAAUUCCAUUGUGUCAGCCUUGGUUGUGGGUCAGUUUAUCGCACCGCUGGCCAUUCUCAUCACGACCAAUUUGCUCAUCUAUCGAAAGGUAGGUCGCAUAACUACUACCAAUCCGAAAUCGAUUUCAUUAUCCUCGUUAUCCAUGCGAUCCGAUUUGCAAAUCACCUCAUCCGAUUGGCGUAAAAAUAUAUUGCACUAA